CUUACUUCCCUUUUUUAUAGAUCUCAAUUUGCAUGGAUGCCGGAUCCCGGAACAUGCUAAAAUACUUUGGCAUUAACGUCGCUGGACUUUUUGACUGGAUUCGAAUUUUAUGCUGUUUUGGAAAUAACCUCGCACUUUUCUAAAGAAAACAGACGACAGAACGGCCAGAGAACUGACAUUGACAAUUUUCUUAACCUCUCUUAAAACUCAAAAAGUUGGUGUAAAAACAAAGUACUUAAAUAUUAGAUGUUUGACCAAACUACGAAUAUGGGCGAUGGAAUCGCCGAAGACCGAAACCACUGUGGAUCAAAUUCGUUGUGCCGUGAUAGAGGAAGAGAUUCUAAAAGCCGGAGUGAUGUGGGAAACCGGUCACCUGUUCAGAUUUGUACUGACACACCAGGGACGUCGGCAUCCACACCGACUUCAUCUAGUGAGGAUGGCCACGAUAAACUUUUAGGAGUCGAUCCGGACUACUGUCGAAGAAUUUUAGUCAGAGACGCCAAGGGCACUAUUCGGGAGAUUGUGCUGCCAAAAGGCCUCGACCUAGACCGACCGAAACGCACGCGGACUUCCUUCACUGCUGAGCAGCUCUAUCGACUCGAGCUCGAGUUCCAGCGAUGUCAGUACGUCGUCGGCCGCGAGCGCACAGAUCUCGCGAGACAGCUGAAUCUUUCAGAAACUCAGGUGAAAGUGUGGUUUCAAAACCGCCGCACCAAACAAAAGAAGGACCAGACAAAAGACACUGACAAACGGACAUCAUCCACCUCUGAAUCACUCGCCACAUGCAACAUUCUGCGCCUACUGGAGCAGGGACGACUCCUGUCUGUUCCUGCACCUCCACCCAAUCCAUUGUUGGCCCACCCUCACCCAGGCAAUGGCUGUCUCCUUGGAAGCUCAUCUGUUUCCACUUCCUCUGUGGUGAGUAGCACCACCACACCUCCUGGGGCUGUGGCAGGCGGUGGUGGGACUUUUGGACUGUCCCUGUCUUCAUUAGGAGGCACUCCGCCCUCUCCGCGUCUGGGGGUGCCACCUCCCUCACUUUGCUUUACCAUGCCUCUUUUGGGGGGUGCCCAUCAUGAACUGCCUUCUGGAUAUGGGUGUGGAUCUUCAGCAUUUGAGCCCUACACAAGAAUAGAGAGGAAAGAUGGUGAGGUAGGUGGUAAGAAGACAGUUUCCUAA